GUGCUUAAUAGUGGCGGAGGGGCUUAGCAGAGGCCAGCAUCCAGUCUGUGGAGCGAGAGGGUCGAGGCAGCACUGUGUGUAAGAAGGGCGAUCGAGGCGGUACCAACUCCAUCACGGCUUUCCUCCUUUACCCCGACGAACCUUAAGGGGGAUUUGAGCAUUUGUUCAGUCUACGGUCCUCUGGAAAACAUCUGAUUCGUUGCGUAACCAGUCCCAGAUGCGCCGCUGUGGAGUGUGUGUGCGCGCAUGAGUCGGUCGGUGCGUAACAGUCCGGAGAGAGUACCUGUGGCGCGUGCGUAACGGGGUUGAAGAAGACGAAGAAGUUUGGAUUCUCCGUUUCACUUUUUUCGCUUUUUUUUUUUUGUUGUAGGUAUGAACGCAGAUACGUGCGUCUCGUACUGCGAUAUGACAUCGAUGGAUUCAUAUUAUGGUGCGUCCGCCCCGCAGGGCAGGGAUCACCAGGCCAACCCGUUCAGGACGUUCCAGACGAGCGAGACCAAAUACAGCCCCACUUUCCUGCCCGGUAAGGGACAGGCGUACGGGGAGAAGUCCCGGAGUCCUUACCAGCAGGAGUGCCAGUCUUUGGAUGGCACCGAGGAGGACACCUUCAACAAGUACCACCACUUUAUGCAGCGGCCGGCGUGCAAAACUCCUCCCGAGAGCAACAAGCUUGAGAGCGGACACAACGGAUCGCUCAUACCCUGCUACGCCAAGGACAACGGCGGGCUGACCGAGUCCGAGUGCCCCCCCAACGCAGAGGCCCCGGGGAUGGAGGGCAGCUACCUGAACCUCAAGGAGACCGGCAUGAAGACACAGCAGCUGGAGCGGCCCGGCUCCGACCUCUCCGGGCCCCUGGACAAGAGCGAGCCCGAGAGCAACAAGGGCAAGAAGCGGCGCAACCGCACCACCUUCACCAGCUACCAGCUGGAGGAGCUGGAGAAGGUGUUCCAGAAGACCCACUACCCGGACGUGUACGCCCGCGAGCAGCUGGCCCUGCGGACCGACCUGACCGAGGCCCGAGUGCAGGUGUGGUUCCAGAACCGCCGCGCCAAGUGGAGGAAGAGGGAGCGCUUCGGGCAGAUGCAGCAGGUCCGCACACACUUCUCCACCGCCUAUGAGCUGCCCCUCCUCACACGACCAGAGAACUACGCACAGAUCCAGACCCCGUCAUGGAUCGGGAGCAGCAGCGGGGGGUCCCCGGUACAGGGCUGCGUGGUCCCCUGUGACUCGGUCGCCUCCUGCAUGCCCCCUCACCCCCACGGCCCGGGAGGUGUCCCGGACUUCCUGGGCGUGUCCAGCCCCGGGGGCGGUCACAUGGGACAGACGCACAUGAGCAGCCUGUUCGGGGGCCCGGUGAUGGGCGGGGGCAUCAACGGCUACGACCUCAACGUCGAGCCCGACCGCAAGUCCUCCAGCAUCGCGGCGCUGCGCAUGAAGGCUAAAGAACACAGCGCGGCCAUCUCUUGGGCGACAUGAUACUCCAGACCCCCCCCGACGCCAAGCCCGCCCCCCUCUCCCCGCCCUCCUCCUCCUCCCCCCUCUCCCACAGGAACGCCCCCCCCCCCUUCUUCUCCGGAGCGGAGUUUGGGAGGCGUCAAGGGGGAGGAGGGCCGGCCAGACAGCACUAAUGAUAACGCAGGGCAAAGGAACUGGAGGAGGGGCCCGUGGAGAUAACAGAGGUUACUCUAGGGAGGGACAGGCCACCGAUAGCAACACAGAUAACAGCCUGACAAUGACAGUCAGCAGGCACCGAGAGAGAGAGAGAAAUAGAGAUGCUACUUUGAACUUUGAUCGAGGUUUUCAUUGAAUCGUGUACAUUCUUCAUUCCUUAAACUCUCAGGUUUUUUAAUUUUCAAAUGGAGGAUGAUGGAUGAUUCCUCCUUCAAUGGGAGUCGUUUGCCUAUUAGAUGACCUGGUUCAGAUGUGCAAGGCUGCUUGCACAGGGGGGACAACCGUCCAUUAUAUCACAUAGACGCCUUGCCUGGAGCGGAAUAACAAAGUGUUUUCACCAGCUAACAUCUAACAGAUAUGACACAUUCAGAACCCUAUUGUUUGCUGCCUUCCAUAAUAUAUUUUCCUCUUUUCCUUUCUUAAACAUGUUCCCAAAGCUCCUCCCUCCAAGGCACAUAUUUGUGUGACUCACCCAAAUCAUAAAUCACUAAACAUCCAACCAAGAAACAUAUAAAACAAAAACAGGGAUUCUCCACAGCACCAAGGGUACGUGGGAGUUUAGAUUUCUGCUGCACACUGCCCAAAAGAACAAACCAAAUAAUGGAACCAAACAGAACCCUUACUUUCACCUCAUGCUCUGCAAAAGGUAAGGCAUGUAAACCUUCACGACAUGACAAGAAAAAAACAAGUUGAAAGCCCGAACGCAAACAGAGUGCAACUGAUGAAGGGCAGACAUGGCUGGGCCAAUUUAGUCAGGGAGGACGCAGGCGUUGGAUUGGCAGUAAUUUCAAACGAACGUGUCAUUUCCUCCCCCAGGCCUGCCUCCAAGGGUUGCCUUCUCCUGGGUACUGGGGGGCUUCGGGUUACAGGAAACGCCGUCUGCGCGCCGGUGCCAGACGGCAGGCCCCGCAUAACACACAGCAGCAGCCUUCAACACCAACUUACCCCGCCUCGCCCUAAUCAGCAACCAACAGGAGUAGACUCUCCCAAUUAGCGUCAAACCACGGUGUCCAGCCGCCGCGCAAUCACCUAGGAGAGUACAUCACGUCGCAGCGUGCUGCUGCCGCCCGCGUGGACACAACGCCACCCCCCCCCUCCCCCUCCCUUCCACACGUUGUAACGACCAAUCAGUGUGGGGUUUCAGGAGGGAUGAUUUCCCAGAUUCCCCGGAGGCACAACGUCUGUCCGUGCAAUCCGUCACUGUGCGGGGGAGGAGGGGGGGAGGCCGUGGGUCCCGGGUCGGUGGAGGCUCCGGGAGCGUUCUGGGAAGUUUAGGUAAUGCGAUGACAUGAGAGCGGAGAGGCAGGAAUGCCGUGAGUCUGUCCAGUGAUUGCUGGGAUGUCUCUGUGUGUUAGCCCCUCUCUGGAGGACGGCUGUCACCAGAGCCGCUCGGCAUGCUGGGGGAUAGAGGCUGGGGGCUUCAUUAGCCUCCGGGCCGAUCCCGGAGGCUGCGGAGGCCUCACAUUCCGUGGCAUCCCCUGUUGGAUCCUGGCUCCCCUCUUCGUUCCCGUCACCAUGGCGACAUGGGUGGACCCAUCACACUGCCUUCAGCCCAGUUUUUCUUGGUUUCGCUAAAAGCAAACUGACAUAAUACAUUUCUGGAUAACAGAAUAAAAAAACACCCAAAUGAAGCCAUACAUGCAUUCCUUUUCGCAGUGUUGAUAAUAUUUGUAACUAGUAACCUGAUUUGAACCGUGCAAACCUAACCCUAAUAUUUAUUCCGCUAAUCAUGUCUUUAACAACCACAAACACGGGCAGUCGUUUUACAGGACGGUAUAUUGAGUCAUUACUAAAUAAAGACAGAUGUGAAGAGGAUGAGAAAAAUGUGGGCUUUUUUUUUCUAAAAAGCAAUGCGAACAAAAGGAAUGAGUUAAAUUGUACAGCAGGGAUUUGAUAGGUUAACUGUUCAGAAUGUAGUACUAUUUGUAGUAGUAUUUGUAGUACUACAUGUAGUCAUGUCUAAGAGCCCCCCUUUCCCCCCAGCAUUCCACCAAUCAGCAGCUUCCUCCAUGUUUAUACUACUGAGAAAAAGCAAUUAAUCGUUUUUUUGUAUUAGCAUAUUGUGUGAAUGUGAGUUAGACUUUUUUAAUUUGUUUUUUUUGUACAUUUGUUUUGCUUAUUAUUUGUAAAAUAAUGGACCUCUCAAUGCUAAACCAAAAACGUAUUACAACAUUGCCAAGAAAUGGAGGUCAGAAAAAUGAAUUUCUGACUCUGACAAGUUGCGCUGGAUAAAUUUGCUUUUCAAACUCUUUUUUUAUUUUUUUUUGUUAUAUUAAUCAUGUAUUUCAAUUCCUGAUAUUGUGUAAUAUUGUUCCACUGCAGUAAGUUAUUGCACUUACAAUGUUGAAGAGACAUGAUUGACUUGCAUUGGCGAAUUGGUCAUUCUGAAGCCAGAGUUGCCGUAUAGAAUAUACCUUUAAGAAAUGGGCUCCAUGACUAGCAUCGCUGAGUGACGCUCAAAGUGCUGGUACUAAUGUUUGUAAAGAAGUUGCUGUUCAAGUUUGUGAUAUCUUGAAAUAAAUUGAUCUUAUUAUUUACUGAAUAAUUAAAA